AUACAACAUUUUAUUUCAUUAAAGGUAUGUCUUCAGCGACACCUGUAUCAAGAAUAAACAAUAUCAUCAAUUAUAUUAGACGAAACAUAUCGAAUAAUCCAGACAUUCAUCAAGUACACCUACUGCGCUCCACAUUAGUGAAUGGAAAAAGAAAUCUUGAAAGAUUAACUAGUGCCCUGAGUCAAACAGAAUAUGACGACCUUCGCGCGAAGAUUUCAGAAUUAAUGGGCGCUCUGGAUAGGCGUACAAAUCUGCUCCAAUCAAGCGUUACGACUGCACCUGUCAGAAUGCAGGGAAGGACUAGUGGACAGCGUGGACGGCCGAGAUAUGCUAUUCAUAGCAGCAAGUUAGAAAAUCUUUUGUCUAUGGGGUUCACUGUUGAAAAAAUCGCUAGAGAAGGUUUACUUGGUGGUACUAUGCAUCCAAAUACUAUCCACAAUUUCAUCAAAAAAUCUCAAAUCCAGUCACCAAGACAGAGGUUCGCCAACCUUAACGAUAGGGAAUUAACUGAAAAGAUACAAUCCAUACAUAAGGAUUUCCCAAACUCUGGCGCUUUAGAAAUUCAAGCUCAUCUUCGAAAUCAAAACAUAAUUGUACAGAGAGACAGAGUUAGAACCACACUAUCUGCAGUUGAUCCUAUUGGAACAGCGACAAGGUGGAGUCAGACAAUUGAACGGAGAAGCUACUACGUUCCUACUCCAAACUUUCUGUGGCAUACCGACAGUCAUCAUAAAUUGAUACGAUGGAAUUUUGUUAUCCAUGGAAUUAUCGAUGGCUACUCAAGAUUUGUACCAAUGCUUAGAAUAUCAACAGAUAACUUGGCGAAAACGGCUUUUGAUUUUUUCCUGGAAAGUAUAAGAUCUUGUGGAAUUCCUGGGAGAAUGCGCGCUGAUGGGGGAAGCGAAUUUAACCACGUAGAAUCUUUCAUGAAAUUAGCGAAUGGACAGAAUAGAGGGAGUUUUAUGAGGGGGAAGUCGGUUCAUAAUCAAUGAAUCGAAAGAUUGUGGAAAGACGUCCACGAAAAGGUUGUUGCUAAGUAUAAAGAUACGUUUCUCCAUAUGGAAAAUCAUGACAUCUUAGACGUAGAGGAUCCCAUACACAUGUUUUGUUUACAUCACACAUUUGCAAAACGCAUUGAUCGAGACUUGCAGAAAUGGAAGGAUGCGCAUAACAACCAUAAAAUGCGAACGGAACAUCACCAGACACCUCUUCAGCUUUGGAUCAGUGGAGGAAUUUUUUCACAGCAAUUUCAAUCGACAGCGAUGGAUAACCUUCACCGCAGAAGUUUACGUGAAAUAGAGGAUUUAAUUACAAGGUUUUUACGGAGUAAUCGUCUGAUAGAACCUAGCGGUAUUACAGCUGUUUUACAAAGAUUCCCCGCACCAUUGACAGCGGUGAAACUACAACUAUUAGAGCAAAGUAUUAACACCCAAGCCGAUUCCGAUCAAUAUGGAAUUGACAUAUAUAUAAAAGUAGUGGAAUUUGUACGUAAUAAUCGCUGAGACUGAGCACAUAUAUCUUAAAGCUUUAUCCUUUAUUUUUUGUAAUUAUCAUUGAAUGUCUUGUACAAGGUUUGGAAGAUCAUUCGUUUAGUAAGUGUGGAGCCUAUUUAAUUUAUAUCGAGCAUUUCUUCAAUCGAAUCAUAUAUCUAGAAAAUUAUUUGACGCGACAAUGGAUCGUUAGCAUUUAUCCAAUUUAAAGAUGUGUGUUUGACGGAAAAUAGGUUACUUUGCUACAAAAGUGAACAUGUAAUAAAUAUUGUUUAUCAUAUAACAAUUAAUAUAACCGUAAAAACUGA